CGCAGGCGCACUGACGGCCUGGAGGGUCGAGGCGCCUGCGCAGUCGCGCUUCCUUAGGCUGCAGCCAUGGCGGGGCAAGAGGAUCCAGUGCAGCGGGAGAUUCACCAGGACUGGGCGAACCGGGAGUACAUUGAGGUCAUCACCAGCAGCAUCAAGAAAAUCGCAGACUUUCUCAACUCGUUCGAUAUGUCUUGUCGUUCAAGACUCGCAACACUAAACGAGAAAUUGACAGCUCUUGAACGGAGAAUAGAGUACAUUGAAGCAAGGGUGACAAAAGGUGAGACCCUCACCUAGAACUGUGCCAUGCUGCUGCUGGGAAGUUGCUUUCACAGAACGCAGACCCUCGUGGGAAAGGCCCCAGCAGCCUUCAGCUCCUUCCUCUCUCCUUAAAGAGCAACAGGGCUUAUUCUUGUUUUUCUUUUUUUCAAAAAUGUGGCUUUUGGGCUCUGCCAUGUACACCCAGCAGUGUGAUGUGGCGUGUGGGGAGGAGUCCAGGGGAACUCUCAGAAACAACGUUAGGCAUUUUACUUCUUCAGUGACACUUUGUAGCACUACUGUCAACAUGUUUGAGGCGCUAAGAGCCAAAAGCUGGGACUCUGUCAAGGUCCUCCCCACCUCUCUCUUUCUCUCUCUCUCAGCCUUUCCUUGCAGCUCUCAUUGCCUCUGCAUUGAUUCUAUAAACGGUCUUUGUCUCCUCCCCACCUUUGGCCGGGGGUCAGAAGCAGUCCUGGCUGAGGUGCCCUGGCGAGGUGGCUGCCAGAGAAUGUUGUUGCUAACCCACCAGUUUCUUGUCCUUUUGGGGAGGUCAAGUCCAGGCCCCCACUUGGCUUGAAAAGGGACAUUUUCAGAGUUUUCUUUCUCUCACUUGGGGUGUCUUUAUCUCUCAUAUUUCCCUAAUAAACUCCUCAACUUUAUCUGACUGCUGUGAUUGUGGUGGGGAGAGGAGCUAGAGGUGGGGCUCACAUAUUCCACAGAAAUCUGAUGUGUGGGAUUCUUAUUCUAACAGCAAACUUUCAGAUGUAGCUGUUUGGUCAAACCUUAGGUGGCUUGCCAGCUGGAGCCCCCAUAUUUGGACUUUGCGCUAAUUCAUCCUGGGAAUCGUUUGGUCAUUCAGUGGACAUUUACCAAGUACUUAGUAUGUAGGCACUUUAUGCUCCAAUAAAAUAUACAGUGUUGAAUCAGG